AUGGGGGAAGCCCAGUUCCUGGUCUUGGUGCUUCUGCCCUUGCUGUGGGUGGCUCCAGUGGAGGCCCCAGGGCCCCGGACCAAGGUCCGGGAGGUGUGGGCCCAGGAGGGGGCUGCUGCCCGGCUCCCCUGCAGCCCCACAAUCCCGCUCCAGGAUCUCAGCCUUCGAAUAGGAGGGGUUACUUGGCAGCAUCUACCAGACAGCCCGCCCCCAGCCCGGAGCGCCCCCUACACGGUGCUGAGGCUGGCGCCGGGGGGCCUGCGCAGCGGGCGGCCGCCCCUGCAGCCCCGCGUGCAGCUGGAGGAGCGGGGCCUGCAGCGCGGAGACUUCUCGCUUUGGCUGCGCCCGGCCCAGCGCGCGGACGCGGGCCAGUACCACGCCACGGUGAACCUCCGGGACCGGGACCGCGCCCUCACCUGCCGCCUCCAUCUGCGCGUGGGCCAGGCCUCCAUGACCGCCAGCCCCGGAGGGCCUCUCAGGACCUCUGACUGGGUCGUCUUGAACUGCUCCUUCAGCCGCCCUGACUUCCCAGCCUCUGUGCAGUGGUUCCGGGGCCCGGGCCGAGUCCCUGUUCACAAGUCUCCCCAUCACCACUUGGAUGGGAGCUUCCUCUUCCUGCCCAGAGUCAGCCGGGUAGACUCUGGGCUCUGGGGCUGCAUCCUCACCUACGGAGAUGGCUUCAGUGUCUCCAGCACGUACAGCCUCACCGUUCUGGAUCCCGAGCCUCCAGUCCCUCUGACAGUGUACGCAGGAGCAGGUUCCCGCGUGGAGCUGCCCUGCCACCUGCCCCCUGGCGUAGGCACCCCGUCUUCCCUCACUGCCAAGUGGGCCCCUCCUGGGGGAGGCCCUGACCUGCUGGUGGCUGGAGACAAUGGCAACUUCACCCUUCGCCUGGAGGCUGUGAGCCUGGCCCAGGCUGGGACCUACACCUGCCGCAUCCAUCUGCAGGGGCAGCAGCUCAUUACCACCGUCACUCUGGCAGUCAUCACAGUGACUCCCCAAUCCUUCGGGUUACCUGGCAACCUGAGAAAACUUCUUUGUGAGGUGACUCCGGCAUCGGGACAGGAGCGCUUUGUGUGGAGCCCCCGGGACAAGUCUGCGAGGGGUUCCCCAGGACCCUUGCUGGAGGUGCAGGAGGCCAGCCUCCUUUCCCAGCCCUGGCAGUGCCAUCUGUACCAGGGGGACAGGCUUCUCGGAACAGCGGUCUACUUCACGGAGCGGCCUGGCUCAGGCGCCCAGCGCUCCGAGAGAGCCCCAGGAUCCCUGAAAACAGGCCACCUCUCUCUCCUUAUCGCCCUCGGUGUCCUCCUCCUGCUCCUGGUGGCGACUGGAGCCUUUAGCUUUCACCUUUGGAGAAGACCGUGGCGGCCAAGAAGAUUCUCUGCUUUAGAGCAUGGGAUUCACCCACCUCAGCCUCAGAGCAAGAUAGGGGAUCUGGAACAAGAACCAGAGCCGGAGCUGGAGCCGGAGCUGGAGCCGGAGCCGGAGCCGGAGCCGGAGCUGGAGCCGGAGCCGGAGCCACAGCCAGAGCAGCCCUGACCUGGAGCUGAGGCAGCCAGUGGAUCCCCGUAGCUCAGUACAAAUAAACUC